UCUCCGAUUAAAAGAAGAAGGAAAUAUCUCUCUCUCUGCAAAGAUGAUAACAUCUCUUCCUUUUCCUUCAUCUUCUUCAUCACUUCUUAUAGAAGCUUCCGAAAUCUCUCGAUCGAGAGCUGCUUCUACGAUCUGCAAUGCUCAGAGAAGCAACGCCUACAUUCCAAAGCUCGAGCCUUUCAGCAGAAGCAAGAUCGAUCGAGGAGUCAAAGAGCCUUCCUUCCUUCAAAAAUCAGAGACCGAGCUUGCCGAUUACUGUUCAACACUUGAAGGCGAUGAUUCCUACAGCUGCUGGAAAGCCUACUUCGAACUGAAAGAUCUCGAAAGGGAAUCUUCCAAAGAUGAGAUAGAGAACCUGAUCAGGCAAUCCGGCGGAGUGAAAUCUCUGAUCGGUUGUUUACACGGCAUCUCGGCAUUCCGGAAAAUGAGAAACAAAGAUCUCGAAAACCAUAAGCCAUCAAACAUGGAGAAGCAAAGCGAAAGGCCUUUCCCUAUACCUGAUGGACUCCCAAAAUCCCAAGAAGAGAUUGAAGAAGAAGAGAAAGGAAGAAUGCCGGACUCCCCUUUCACCAGGCUCCUCAGAAGCAAGGGAAAACAUCCCGCCUGGUAUUCUCCAGCCCCCGACCAUGAAACUGACUGAUAGAUCUUGUUUUCAAUAUCACUGUCGAGUUCUUGUAGAUACGUCAGUGUGUUUUAUGUUUUGAUUCCGUCUUGUGUUAUUUAAGCAUGCACAUAUGUAGAAACAGCUGAAGCUCUCUCUGUUAAUAUAUGAGGUUUUCCUUUGCUCUA